AAUCUUCACAGAUAUCUCCCAAGUUUCAUUUAAAUCUCUAAACAAAUAAAUCGAUAAAAAAAAAAUAGAAAGCCACGCGCCGCCGAUAACAAUGGCACGGCCCCGGUUUCUCCUAGUAACAUUCCCAGCUCAAGGUCACAUAAACCCAUCCCUACACUUCGCAAACCGUCUCGCCGCAGCCGGAGCCGACGUCACUUUCGUCACCACUGUUUUCGGUCACAGAUGCGUGGUACGAGCUACGGGUGUAACGGGUCACGAGCCUGACAUAUCCUUUGCUCCGUUCUCCGACGGCUACGACGAUGGCUUCAACCGUGGAGGCGACAGCGAACUGUACAUGUCUGAGAUGAGGUGUCACGGGUCCAAGGCCAUAAGAGACCUCGUCGUUUCGGCUCGAAACGACGGCCGUCCGUACUGUUGCAUGGUGUACACGAUUCUCAUCCCUUGGGCUGGGCUCACCGCCGAUGAAGUGGGACUACCGUCGGUACUUCUGUGGAUUCAGCCGGCCACGGUGUUCGAUAUAUACUAUUACUACUUCCAUGGCUAUGGAGAUAUCAUAACAGAAAACAGCAAACGACACCCACCUGCAAAAACGACACUCCCGGGAUUGUCGUUGGAGUUUACUUCCCGGGAUUUGCCGUCGUUUAUGGACGCUGCGGCUACUUAUUCAUUCGCUAUUCCAGCCUUCCGAGAACAAUAUGAGAUUCUUGAGAAGAAACAUAAACCGAAAGUGUUGGUCAACACUUUUGACGAGUUGGAAUCUGAGGCAUUCAGAGCCGUUAGCAAAGUAAAUUUGAUCGGAAUCGGACCGUUGAUUCCGUCAUCUUUUCUCGACGGUAAAGUCCCUUCUUCUGACUCGAAAGAGGAGUACAUAAAGUGGCUGAACUCGAAGCCCAAAGCGACGGUCGUUUAUGUGUCGUUUGGGAGCAUGGCGAUUUUGUCUAAGCAACAAAUGGAGGAAAUGGCUAAAGGGUUAUUGGAGUUUGGCCGUCCUUUCUUGUGGGUCGUUAGAGAAAAGACUCAGAACGAUGAUAAAGAUGAUGAUGAACUGAGUUGCAGAGAAGAGUUGGAUAAGCUUGGAAUGAUAGUGCCAUGGUGUUCUCAGAUGGAGGUUUUGUGCAACGAUUCAGUGGGGUGUUUCGUGACUCAUUGUGGCUGGAACUCGACGUUGGAGUGCUUAGCUUCUGGGGUUCCCAUGGUGGGGUUUCCACAGUGGUCGGACCAAGGGACCAACGCCAAGUUGAUCGAAGAUGUGUGGGGAACGGGGGUUAGAGUGAAGCUCAAUGAGGAGGGAAUUGCUGGAAAUGAAGAGAUAAAGAGGUGUUUGGAAUUGGUUAUGGAAGGAAAGGAAAUUGUUGCGGUGGAUGGUGGGAAGGAAAGUUGGGUGGAAAAGAGAAGAAAUGCGUUGAAAUGGAAAGAUUUGGCUCGAGAAGCAGUUAAGGAAGGUGGCUCUUCCGAUAAGAAUCUCAAGGCUUUUGUGGCUGAGAUGAUUGAACAACCCACUGUAAAUUAACUUAGCAUUGGUCACUUGAUCAACCCACUGAGGAAAAGCCACCCUGGGAACCCCAUUCACCAAGCUCUCCAGCGUUGAAUUCAAUCCACAAUGAGUCACAAAACACCCCAAUGACUCAUUUGACAGGACCUCCACUUGUGAACACCAUGGAACUAUCAUUCCAAGCUUUUCUAACUCUUCUCUACAACUAAAUUCCUCGUCAUCACGACCUAUGUCGUUUUGUCCUUUUUCACUGUCGUUUUUCACUUUUUCUCUAAUGACCCAAAGAAAAGGAUGCCCAAAAUCCAACAACCCGUUUGCCAUUUCCUCCAUUUGAGCCUUUGACAAGACUGAGUAUCUCCAAAAACUCACGUAAACUACUGUCGUUUUCUCCUUCGAGUUAAGCCACUCCAUGUAGUCGACGUGGUCGUUUUGAUGCCUGGUAACAUCAGCAGUAGUACUGUCUUUUUCGUUCGAGAAUUCGGACGAUGAACUCAUCAUGAAGGGUCCGAUUCCGAUCAGCCUCAUCUUAUUGUUAUUACUAAUAAUUGAUCUUAACGCUUCGUGCUCUAACUCAUCGAAGGUGUUCAUCAAUACCUUCGAGCUGGGUUCCUCAUCGAGCUUUUCGAACUGUUUUUGGAAGAACUUGAUGAGAAAAAUUUGGGCUUUGUAGAGUCAAAAAACGUGGGAAGAUCGUUAAUAGUGAGAAGUGGUAGCCCUGGAAAUGAUAAGGGAAAAUAAGGGUUUUUAAUGUUCUCAACGAUGGUGUCUUUAUAUCCAUGAAAGUAAUAGUAAAAAGCGUCGAAAACAGUCGCCGUCUGAACCCAGAGAAACGCCACCGGAAUGUUAUGCUCCGCCGCCACGUCAGCAACCCAAGGGAUGAGAAGGGUGUAGACUAUGCAGUUAUACGGACGGCCUUCGUCCACCCCCGAGCGUAUGAGCUAGGCCAGAGCUUGCGAGCCGUACCGGACGAGCUCGGCGUAGUAGCAGUCGAAAUCCAUGUCCGCCGCGAACCCUUCGUCGAAUCCGUCGGAAAAAGGGACGAACGACACGUCGUUUGGAGACAACCCCUCGUUUAGGACUGUUAGUACCUACGAUCAUGCGGCGGUAGGCGUAGAUGGUGGUGACGAAGGUGACUUCCGAGUGAUAAACACGGAUGAGGCGCUUGGCGAGUUGAAGGGGUGGGUUGACGAGGCCAUGCGCAGGGAACGAGACGAGAAUAAAGCGCGGCCUCAUCAUAUAUAUUACUGCGGCGGCGCGUGAAGAAAUGUUUUUUUUUUUUUUUGGUAUGUAUAUUUGGAAAUGAGUGUGAGAGUUUUGGAUUUUAUGUAUUAAUGUUGUGUAUAUUUUUGGUAUUAUAUGAUCGUGGGGAGAGAUAAGGGGUUGACAGAGACAAAGGGAUAGAUAGACAGUUAAAAGAAUAAUGUUUUGACUUCGUGAUAAAUAUAUAUGUGGUGAGAAAUUAUGAAUGGAACCACCCAUGAAAGACAUAUAGUAAAAUUAUGGUUUUGAAUAUUCAA